AUGUCUAAAUUAUCUUAUAAAAAUUUUGAGUACUUACUGUGCAGUGUAGUUGAAGAUCCUCUGGCACUCUGGUCAAAGUUUGUGUCUCUGGAUGGAAAAAUAAAGAGAGUCAAGGACGAGCUGCUGAAAAAUGACAGAGUGAUUGAAAUUACUGGAAAAAGCGAGCGUACAAACACAGCACGUGAAAAAUUAAAAAAAGUAACAUCAACAACAGCAUUUAUACCUCUGACACUCGCAGACAAUUGGAACAAGCUUGAAAUAAAUUUAUCAACUCUGUGCAAAGACACUUAUUCUACUGAUUACAAGUCAUUAUUACGGAUAAAGUUACAUCCUAAUUUCCGGUACCGGCGUAUUUAUUUACAAGAGCAUCAUUAUGACCAAAGUAAUGACGUGAUCGACGAACUUCAUCAAGCGUUGGUUAAUUUUAGUUCUUUAAAAAAUAAAAAUUAUUCUAUUGAGAAUAAAUAUUGCCAGACACAACCAAUUAUCAACUCUAAAGUUACGUUGAAGAAACGUAAA